CAAACGGCGCAUUUAUCCAAAUAGCUCGGAAAUGGCUGGAAGCGCGACGACGCUGCCCUCGGCGCUGCCAGUGGCGGCCUCUCCGACCGAGGAGGAGGUUGCUAGCAUGCACCACUUCAUCGAGAAUGCGCUGGACCUGCUGAUCAAGGGCAAUGCUAAGAGCUACCAUUACCUCAUCCAGCAGCUGACACUCGUGCCGCCGCCGAUCGCCACGCGUCGUAAGAUCUUCCGCGCUCUCCCGCGCUGCAUCUCAACGAUGGCACGUGAGCCUAAGGCUUACCGCGCGCUGUUGGACGUUUUGUUCAAGUUCGACCUGUUGGCAAGUGGCGACCCACUCGAGGUCGAGGACUACACAAGCUUCAUCGUGCAUCUAGUGUCCUCUAACACCGUCUAUGUAGUACCCACACUACAUAUGCUGGUGCGUAACAUGCGUCGUCCUCACGAAAAGGAGUUACCGCCAGACCUCCGAGCGCUCGCCCAGACAGAGCAGAACAAAGAGAUGGAGGCGGCCAAAAAGCCCGCAAAAACGGGUGGAAUCGCCAUUGGAGGAUCUUUUGGAGCCGAUACAGUAGCGGCGCCGACGCCCGUGGUAGAACCAGUGCAGCAAGCCAAAGGACCGAGUCUGGACGAGCGUAUUCAGGCUCGAUUCGAAGCAGCCCACCAGACUCUGGAGCGUGUACUUACACUAGUGCCUACUGCAGCUAAUGUACUGUUCCCAAUUCUAUGCGAACACUUCCCGCACAAGCGAAUGGAUGCACCGACUCAAGUUGCGUAUCUGCGCAAUGUGCUGCGUGUGACAGGGUAUGUUAGUGGACUACGCGAGCGUGUGCUGGGAUUGGUGCUUGACCAGUUAGUGGCUAUUGACGUGGAGAUCAAGCUGGACGAGAGUGAGGAGGAUAUGUUCACAAUGGACGAUUUCCUGGAUGAUGACAUGUUGCCGCCUGACGACGCCUCGCGACAGGUGGACGAGAUGGCCGAUAAACUCGACCAAAUGAUGCUCGUCAUGUUCGAACACAUCGAGCAAAGCGCCGCAUCCUCGUCGCCCGCAUCGGUGUCCUCUGAUUCUGUAGCUGCUAAUGGAGAUAAAGACGUGGACGUUCGCCAAGCAGCUGUGAUCUUCAAGUACCUACUCAAGGUGUUCGAACACUCCAUUCUGAACACGCAUCGGUCCAAGUAUCCGCAGUUCUUGCUGUUCUACGUGUGUCGAAUGGAUCCGCAGUUCCAGGACGUGUUCAUCUCGCAGCUUCUUGCCACAUCGCUGGACCCUCAGACGCCUCCAACCACACGUCAAAGCUGUGGUGCGUACCUGGCCAGUUUCCUUGCUCGAGCCAAGUACAUUUCCGUGGCUUAUCUUCAGAAGGCUCUGUAUCACUUGUUGAAGUGGCUACAUGAUCAGAUGGACAUUUACGACGUAGCACAUCAAGAACAACUGGAGAGAGAAGGUGAGACUGCUGCUGAACGAGACGAGCGAUUGCUGGAGGAAUCGGAGAAAAUGCACACCACAGGCGAGCGUGGCUUCCAAGAAAGCAUCUUUAUUUCCUCACUGCAGACUGUAUGCUACAUGGUUUGUUUCCGUGGAUUGGAGAUCGCUACCAGUGACGAUGGCGCCGGCUACGAAUUCUUGCGCAGUCUUGGCUGGGAGCGGCUGUUGGUCACAAGCAGCGGCUACUGUCCACUGGCAUAUUGUCAACAAACAGUGGCAACAGAGUUCUUGAAUCUGGUGGAGGCGUUCGAUUUGGUCUCCGAGGAGUGUCUCGAACGUGUAGACCAAGCUAUUGGCACAGUCUCGGCGUCGACGACCAAGUCAGCUAAGUCGAUGGAGCGCUCAAAGAAACCAACAGCAGGAUCAGCGUCUGCCUCCACGCUGCUUGGUCAACGUCAACCACUAGAGACGUUCUUCCCGUUCGAUCCCUAUCUCUUGCGUCGCUCAUUCCGGUAUAUUGGUCCGUUGUAUUUGUACUGGAAACACGCUGAUCCGACAUCAAGUGAGAACUGCGAGUUGCUGGAAUCUGUCAAGGCCACGAUCCGUCAGAUGCAGGAGAACGCAGAAGACGAAGACGACGGUAGUGAAGAGGAAGAAGAUCUCGUCGAUGAAGACGUGAGUAUGGCUGGAAGCGCACCCAACGCUUCGUAUCGUGCUGACAGCUACAUGGGCAGUCUCAGUCGGUCCUGCAACAUGUCGGUUAGUUCGUCCUACGACGGCGAGGGCUUUGUCGAUGAAGACCGCACACCAGUAAGACGUCAACUGCCGUCACGCACCAUGUUUGAUCCGUCUCCUGCUCUCUCAGCCAGUUCACCGCCAUCGAGACUCCCUCCUCUUGGUGCUGCCGAUGCCUUCACGCUCGGUGGAUUUGACGACGAGGACGAAGACGAGGGAUUUUAGGACACUAAAGAAUUGAACGAAUGGAUUGCAAUAAGCUAUUUAGCCACACGACGGCGGUGUGUAUACAUAAUGGGCAGACAGACCAACAAGGCCACAGUCAAGCUAUGGCCAUCGAGUUCUCAGCUGUCUACCGUCGACUGAGUUGUGCACGUAGCUGUUCGUUCUCGUCUUCGAGACGCACCAGCUUGGGCACCACUUCCGAGUCCACUUCUUCAAUCUGGUUCUUCAAGUGGUGGUUCUCCUCUCGGAGACGCGAAACCUCUUCACGCAAGUACGUGUUGAUGUCCAGCUGUUGCUCCAACGAUGUCUUGGCCUCCAGCAGAGCAUCCUCCACUUCCAACUGCUUGACGUGGGCCAGAUCGGCUUGCUCCUGUACCAUGCGAUUGCAGUCGGCCAUGAUCCUCUCCACUUCCUCUUCUUUCUGAGAGAUCUCCGUCUUCUUAGCCUCCAACGACGUCUCGUAGUUCGCGAUCUGUUCAUGACUGGCAUUCACUUGUUCCUGGUGUUUGCGUAGCGCCUCCUCGUUCUUCUCCAGUUGAGCACGCAGUGUCUGCAUCUCCAGCUCGAACUGGGCUUGUCCCUGCUGCUCGUUGUGCGUGGCUCGCAGCUUCUCCUGCUCGUUCAAUAGCUCCGUGAUCAUCUGCUCGUCUGCAGCUCGUUGGCUCUUGAUCGUCUGCAGCGCCGCGGUCUGCGAGCUGAGCUCCUGCUGCAGCUUCACGAGUCUCGUGUCGAUGACGCGGCGACUGGCCAGCAUGUCCUCGUGCUGCUGCACCUUGUUGUCGUUCUCGCGCGCCGUCUUGCGUUCAUCUAGCAUACCUGUGAGCUUGGAGAUCUGGCCUUGUAGGAUACUCUUCUGCUCGCGUUCUAGCUUGAGCGCGUGCUCGAAUACGGUACCCGAACGCUUGGCGUCUUCCUCCUCUGUGAACGUGCGCGUGUAGGCCGUGAGCGGCGACCACUCGCCACACUGGCGCUUGGCUUCGUCCACCACACGCACUCGGAACACGUACGUCUGUAUAGUAGUUAUUCGUAAGAAAAAAUAAUAACACA